AUGGGAGGAACAAAGUCUAAACCAAAAACAUUCAGUCGGCCAGUUUUUGAAAAUGGUGAGCUGCCUCUAGAAGUGGUUAUGGGAUUUGGAAUCCCAUUUACACAGGAGGCUGAAAGAUGUGCUAAAGAGGAUGAAUAUCAUUCUCCAACCAAAACAAGAUCUAGUAAAUCUCCUAAUGGAAGGAGAAGGAGAAGGAAAAAGACAGGUCAAAUGACUCCUGAAAGCAAUACAUCAUUUGAUUCCUCUGUAACUAAAACUGCAGCCAGUGAUAAUAAAGUUUAA